UGUUGCUUAAAGCUUGGCCGCUUGGCCUCUUCUUUAUCUCAUUGUGAGAAAACAACUCAGCAGCCAGCUCCCAUCUGAAAGGAAAUUCAUUCCAUGCUACCACAAACAAAGCAAACCCAAAGAAAAGAAAAACAAAGACCCACUAGCUAGGUCACCGAAGUCACUGAAUAUUUGAGUGUCACCUACAGGGAUAUGUACUAAAAGCAAUCCUUAAUCCCUAUCUAAAAAUAUUUUUUAAAUUAAAAUUUAUAAUCCCACCCCACACAUUAUCAUCAUGAAUCCUGAAAAUGGGAUCCGCAGCAAGCCUAAUUUCCCUCUUCAAUUACUAGAAAAAAAGCACCACCUUCAAGAACCACAACCUGAUCAUCAACCUUCCUCUUCCUCUAAUCCUCCCAAGAAACCCCCUACUAAACGCAUCUCCACCAAGGACCGCCACACCAAAGUCGAAGGCCGUGGCCGCCGGAUCCGCAUGCCUGCCACCUGCGCUGCCAGGGUUUUUCAGCUCACUCGUGAACUCGGCCACAAAUCUGACGGUGCAACUAUCGAGUGGUUACUACAACAAGCUGAACCUGCUGUCAUCGCUGCCACUGGUACCGGUACCAUUCCCGCCAACUUCACUUCCCUUAACAUCUCUCUUCGCAGCUCUGGGUCUUCCAUCUCCGCCUCUCACCAUCUAAGGAACACGUAUUUGAAUCCCAACUUCACUGCCCAUCAACAGCUACGCAUCAGGAAUGAAUUGGAAAGAAACAUAGUCGUCGAUGAAGCUUCUCAGCAGCAGCGAAGGAUUCUUUUUCCUUCGGAGAAUUCAUUAAGCUUUAGUUCUAUUAAUUCAACUAAUAAUGUAGGUGGGAAUUUGAAUACCGCUGUUGCUUUACAAGGAUCAGCUGCUAAUAAACAAGAAGUACGCGGAGGCGGCGACACUUCUUGUCUAGAUGUCACCGAUGGGGAGACUAGUCUAGGGAGCAAGCGGAGGCCGGAACAUGAAUUAGGUCAUCAGAUGGGGAGCUAUUUGAUGCAAUCAACUAGUACAGGGGCAAUUCCGACGACUCAUAGCCCGAUCCCGGCAACAUUUUGGAUGGCGUCUAAUGAUCCUAGCAGCAGUAACCAAGUGAUAACCGGUGACCCCAUGGUGACAUUUCCAUAUUUUAGUGCUAGUACCAAUAUGUAUAGGGGUUCUAUGUCUGGUGGAUUGCAUUUUAUGAAUUUUCCUGCGCCCAUGGCUCUCUUGCCAGGCCAACAAUUGGGUUCAGCAAUGAGCGGUGGUGAUGGUGGCAGUAGUACUGUCACUGAAAGUCACUUAGGUGUGCUGGCCGCGUUUAACGCUUACAGGCCAAUUAUGGGUGGUGGUGGCGCCACGGAGUCUCCGGUUAGUGGGUCAAACCCACACAAUGGAGGAGAGGACGGGCACAAUACAAGAAGCUAAUUGAGCAUUCCUAGAUAAGAAAUUGCAAGCAAGCAUGCUGAGAUGGAGAUUGGAGAAGCCCACGAGUUUGAUUAAGCCAAGCUCUAUUGCCUUAAUUAGACUAAAUUGCAUUUACUCACAGGAUCAUUCCUGCUCAUUUUCAUAUAAGGGAGCUGCUGGGUCUUGAUGAGUGAGGACAAUGUGCCACGCUCUCCUAACCCCACAUGCAGUCGUACUCAACUCUUCAUUGAUCUGGCCGACUGCAUACAUGUGGGGAUCUGGUCUGGGACAUUUCAAAGUUAUCAGUUGGCUUUACUAGCUUCUGUUUAAUUUGUGAAAUCGUGAAUUACAUAUUGGUUUGAAUGGCUUCAUACAUUAUUCUUUGCUGCUAUUGCUAUCUGUAGAAAACUUCCUUCCUCAUUUUCUCUGGGAAGUUUUAUGCAUAUAGUUCUGUCUCAAACACCAGAGUGUUCAGUUAUAUAUGUCUGAACACAUUUGCCUUAAAGGUCAAGCAGUAGAAAAUAUUUGAA